UGUCCAGGUAGGCUACAGAAGACUGUCUAUGGGGGCGUCGUUGAAAGCGCACACGGGUCUGAGCGCACGAUCCAAACAACCCUCUUGAUACAGACAGCGGUUUUUCCUUCUUUACUAGAGAUACCGUUGACAACUCACACGUACAAGGGCGAUGGACGGUCCGGUUUUCCCGGGUUAUUUGAGAAGUAUGUGAAUUUUCCGAAUUUGAACACAUUUUGAGAAAAUGGAAUAAGAACCGCUACAAUGUCACAAGCGGAGGUUGAAAUAGCUGGACGCGGCUUCCCAAGCCUCUCCGUCGGCCUAAACGAUGACUGCUUAUCUGGUCGAGUCCCGGCGAUGCCACUGACCUACAAUUUGGGGACCAGGAGAAACUCUUAUGGGCUUCACAAAAUUAACAUGGACAUUGACCCACAACUAUAUGGCGGGGCGCUUUCAAAGGCUCUGUCCUGGUCAGCGGAGAAUAUUUUAACGUUAACCGAGGCCAGAGUAGAAGAAGACGACAAAACGGAUACUCCACCGGCGUCUCCAUCUCCAGUCUCCAGCCCCGGCGCGAGCAUCACAGGCAGCACGCCCCCCUGUACCCAAGUCUCGGACCCCGUCACCCCGCUGGACAACAACUGGAGUUCGCUCCCGAGCCCCAACACACAAGAUGCCAGCUCGGACUCAGACAAUGAGCUUGUUCAAAAUAAAGCACACAAAGUGUUGUCACGCAGUCCGUAUGAAAGCAAAUGUGAACAGGAGGAAAGGGAGGACAUUGAGACCAAAGCUGUGGCCACCUCACCUGAUGGAAGAUACCUGAAAUUCAACAUUGAGAUUGGGAGGGGAUCGUUCAAGACCGUCUAUAAAGGACUGGACACAGAGACUACUGUGGAAGUGGCAUGGUGCGAGCUGCAGACGCGUAAACUGACCAAGGUGGAGCGGCAGAGGUUCAGCGAGGAGGUGGAGAUGCUGAAGGGUCUGCAGCACCCAAACAUUGUCCGCUUCUACGACUCCUGGAAGGACAACUCCAAGGGCCUCAAGUGCAUUCUUUUAGUCACCGAGCUCAUGACCUCAGGCACCCUCAAAACGUACCUGAAGAGGUUUAAGGAGAUGAAGCUGAAGCUACUGCAGCGCUGGAGCCGUCAGAUCCUGAAGGGGCUCCACUUCCUCCACACCCGCACUCCUCCCAUCAUCCACAGGGACCUCAAGUGUGACAACAUCUUCAUCACCGGCCCCACCGGCUCCGUCAAGAUUGGAGACCUGGGCCUGGCCACACUCAAAAGAGCCUCCUUCGCUAAAAGUGUCAUUGGUACCCCAGAGUUCAUGGCUCCAGAGAUGUAUGAGGAGAAGUAUGAUGAGGCUGUGGAUGUCUAUGCCUUUGGGAUGUGUAUCCUGGAGAUGGCCACCUCAGAGUACCCCUACUCCGAGUGCCAGAACGCAGCGCAGAUCUACCGUAAAGUCACCAGCGGGAUGAAACCAGACAGUUUUUACAAAGUCAAGGUUCCAGAGCUCAAAGAGAUCAUCGAAGGAUGUAUCCGGAUGGACAAAGAUGAAAGGUACACCAUCCAAGACCUGCUGGAGCACACGUUCUUCCAGGAAAACAACGGCGUCCAUGUUGAGUUGGCUGAGGAGGACGACAUGGUGAAGUCAGGCCUGAAGCUUUGGCUCCGGAUGGACUACACCAAGAAACUCCAUGGGAAGUACAAGGACAACAACGCCAUUGAGUUCCUGUUCGAACUCUACAAGGACGUGCCAGAGGAGGUGGCGCAGGAGAUGGUGGUGCUGGGCUUCGUGUGCGAGGCCGACUUCAAGCUGGUGGCCAAGGCCAUCCGGGACCGUGUCAACGCCAUCAAGCGCCAGCGGGAGAAACUGCGCCGCCUUGCAGAGAAGAAGAAAGAGGCUAUUGAGGAGGAGCCUGAGCCUGCACUGCAGCCGCCCUCCCCGAAGAUCAACAGGUCUCCAUCAAUGUUGGAGACUCCUCAGUGCCCCAUUCUCGUCCCCACCCCGACCCGAACCCCUGCCCAGAGCCAGGGUCAGACCCCCCCAAACCCUCUGACCUACACCCUGUCCCCCGUAAAUAGCUAUCUAAACUUGGGCAUCAAUGCCAGCUUCAUCCCUGAACCAGAGGAACCAGAGGCAGACCAGCACCAGCACUUCCAGGUCCACCACACCAGCUGCUCCUCGGCCAACUCUGACUGUGAGACAGACGGCUAUCUCAGCUCCUCUGGCCUCCUGGACCCCCUGGAGACAGCGGUCAGCCUCAACGGGUCAACCCUCAACGGGACUGGGACUACCGCCCUCAAUGGACACCCUCACCACCACCCCAUCCCAGCCCUUCGAUUUCCCUCUAGUAUUGCAGUAUUGGGUAAUACGGAGCAUGGACACUCUGGAGGACACCCUCCCAGCGGCUUCACCUCACCUGUGGACAGCUACGCCUCCGACAUGAUCUCGGGUUUGAGUGACGGCUACGAGGGCCUAUCAGAGAGGAGCGGCAAGACUGUUGCCAGGCGCAUGGCUGGCAAGCUGUUCCGGAGGAGGGCCCGUUCAAGACUGCGCAUCACUGGGCUCUCUGACAAAGAUGACCGGGUGGUGGAGUGUCAGCUGCAGACUCACAAUGACAAGAUGGUUACCUUCAAGUUCGACCUGGACGGAGACAACCCAGAGGACAUUGCAGCUGUCAUGGUUCACAAUGAGUUCAUCCUGCCAGCGGAGAAGGAGGGGUUUAUCCAGCGCAUAGGUGACAUCAUCAAGAGGGCAGAGGCUCUCAUGAAGGAGCACAAGGUCCACGUGGGUGGCGGCCACGGAGGACCACGCCCACAACACCACAACGGGGUCAACUCACUGUCCACGUCCCAGCCUAAUCUUCACAGUCACAUUCUGGAGCGGACACACUCUUCCUACUCUCUACCUGACUUCAGCAUGGCUGGCCCCAGUGUAGGGGUAUGUGACUCUCCCUCAGGGCCCACUGGUGGAGGAGACUUCUUCAGCCCAGCAGACAUGACUUCACCUGCAGGGACACCUCUACUACGCUCCCAGUCUUUCCAAAACGCCCCAGGUUCUCCUCACUACCACUACCACCACCCAGCCUCCAUGUACUCCUCAGAGCCCCCCCAGCAGCAGCAACACCAGCAGUACUACCACAUGCCCCCCUUCAUGGGCCACACACACUUCCCCUUCCCCUACCCAGUGAACCCCGGUGCCUCCAAACCAGCGGGGUCCCAUCCUCCCCUCACACGGGUCGCCAGCAACCCCACGUUCCCCUCCAUCCUUUCCCCAGCCCCAGGCUCCCCCGGCGGCCCCCACUCUGAUGCUCCGAGCCCCUCUGAGUACAGCGGGGAGGGGAACUCCCUGACCCUCCCUCCUCACCCCCAGAACCCCAACAUGUGGCCCUCCCACACACAGCCCCUCUUCUCCCUGGCCAACGUAAUCUCCAUGGCAAUGAGCAUGGCUCACUCCUUCAUCCCUGCCAACAGCCUGGCUAACCAGGGGAUGCCCUCCAUAGCAGGCUUCCACCCCCAGCUAACCCACCCUCAGUCGUUCUACUCGUCCGUCUAUUCCCCCCACUACCAGACUGCUCCAGUGGAGCUCCCUUACACCCAGGGUGGGACGCCUGGCCAAGGGCAGCAACACAGUAUCUACCAGGGCCCAGACACUCCACCACAGGUGCAGAGGGAUGGCUCAGUGUCUGUGUACUCGCAAAAUGGGCACCCCGGCUGGCAGCAUAAUCACAUAUCUCCCCCUACGAUAGGCUACAACAGCCCACAGAUGGUAUCACAGCAAGCAGCAUCCAGCCCCCUAAGCCAUUUACAGAAUAGUUCCCAGGGGUCCUACAUGGUUCCUCAGGACCAGUCUGAUGUGUCCAGCUGUGCGUCAGGGUCUGAUCUGUCCCCUUCGUCCCCAGACAGCCCGGAGAGCACAUUAUCAUCGUUCAGCUCAACCACACCAAUGUUGAGACCUACGGUGCCUGAGAUGAACGCCAGUGCUCCCAAGCCCAGACUAUCUCCCAGUUACACAGAUCCCCCGCCUGCUGCCGUCACAGUGGGUCGUUUCCAGGUCACCCCUAGCAUGGAGAUCCCUGUGCCUGCUGCACCAGAUGGACAGGGCUCUAACCCCACCAGGCCCAAGUCAGUGGGCAGCUCCACCCCAGGCCCCACCAGGCCCAAGUCAGUGGGCAGCUCCACCCCAGGCCCCACCAGGCCCAAGUCAGGGGGUAGCUCCACCCCAGGCCCCACCAGGCCCAAGUCAGUGGGCAGCUCCACCCCAGGCCCCACCAGGCCCAAGUCAGUGGGCAGCUCCACCCCAGGCCCCACCAGGCCCAAGUCAGUGGGCAGCUCCACCCCAGGCCCCACCAGGCCCAAGUCAGUGGGCAGCUCCACCCCAGGCCCCACCAGGCCCAAGUCAGUGGGCAGCCCCACCAGGCUCAAGUCAGUGGGCAGCUCCACCACAGGCCCCACCAGGCUCAAGUCAGUGGGCAGCUCCACCACCUCCGGGAGCAGCACAGAGGAGCAGGAGGGGGCAGAAACCAGCCUGAACACCUCCCUCACUCUCUCCCCCCCAGACCGACACCUCCCUGUGGAGAAGGACGGGGAGGUCCAGGCAGGGUGGGCCGGGACUAAAGAGCAGCAGCAGGAAGAGGAGGAGGAAGAAGAGGGGGAAGAAGAUGACGAGGAGCAUGAGGAGGAGAAGGAAGAGCAGCAGAUAGUAAGAAGGAGGAGGAGGAGAGUGUGUAGCCUCAGUCUGAUGGGUACGUCUGCAGACAGCGGCCUGUCCGUCACGGCGGUGGAUUCAGAGGGGCGUGGCCUGUGGGAGGGAGGUGCAGGGAGCCCGACCUACAACUCGGCCCUGCACCACUUGUGGCUGAGCUACAGCCGCAACUUCACGUACAUGAGCAGUGACGACUCGGAGAGCGAGGACGAGGACAUGCGGGAGGAGCUGCAGGAGAUGAGGGAGAAACACUUGGUGCAGGUGCAGAGUCUCCAGGCCACCCAGAAGAGGGAGAUUGAGGAGCUGUAUGAGAGGAUGGGGAAGGUUCCCCCUGCGGGGAUUGUCUCGCCUGCCGCCAUGCUCUCCAGUCGCCAACGCCGUAUCUCUAAGGAGAGGAGUUACCUCUCCACCUCCCGCAGAAACAGCCUGCAGCGCGUGGACAUGCUCCCCCUCCAAGGUAUCAUCAGGAGGAACUCUCUGGGUGGCAGCAACAGCAGCAGCAGCUCUCUGGAGAAGCCCUCUAAAGGGGUGACCUUUGCUUCCGAUGUCAGUAGAAUGUAAGAAUCUUCAGCCAUGCUUGCUGUAGAAUAAGCCCAGACUACCUCAUCUAAAAUGUGACUGAAAUGAUCAUCCUGCUGGAAGAAAGAACUGACAUCACCUCUAAACCCUUUAUCUGGGCCCCCAUUGGAGGAGACUAAACUAGAUCCCCCAGAAACCAGGAAGCUCCUCUGCUGAUCCAAUAGUCACAGAGUUAAUCAGAGGUCGCAGGUCCGUCAGAGGUCGCUGAGCCCUCUGCUAUGAAGGGACAACGGAACCUUUGUCAUCCGCUGUCAGUCACCCCCAAGAGAAGCUUGCCAGAUUCAACGGUUCAGUGCAACAUACCCGUUCUAGGACGCCACCGGAACAGUGUUUAAAGUGAGAUGGUCAAAAGUUUCAAAACUGCCUAAUCCUCAGCUAAUGCGUAUAAAAGGCCCACAAUAGUACUAGCCCAAGUAGUGCACCAUCAUUCUUCAUACUAUGCAAUGCUAGUGAGAAACGUGUGAUCAUUAUACAUAGAGCCUUAAUGAUCAGCUGUAGUCCUGCCUUGUAGCCACAGAGCAGUAAGGGUUGUUCCAGCUACAAUAUUGGCAUCAUGGGAUUGAGGACGGGGCAGUUGAUCAUUAUUUUCCUGCUUAUCUGACUGUCGCACACAUUUUUAUUGUGAGCAGUGGAGUGAGAUGAAGCUCAGUAACUCUCGCUGUGUUUCAGAUUAUUCACUCUCCUCUUUGCACAUUUGACUAUCUGUUUGCGAUCUGUUGAUGCUGACUGUAGCUCGCUACUGCCCUCUAGAGUUUGACUACGGAAGUCCAGAUAUGUUGUUAUAAUUCUGCCUGUUUUCCAAUGUACAAUAGUGAUGCAACAAUAUUUCUGAUGAAUUCAACAGCAUUAUGAAGGACGACCGUUGUCAAUGUUUAGAAAGAUGUGAACAUAGAUGUUAAAAGAUGUUAGGCAGUACCUUAUAUACAUUAUAGUGAGCAUUUUUUUAUAAAAUGCAACACUAUAGACAAGUAGCUUUCCGAACAACCAUAUACAGAACUAUAGGUAGACCUACAACACUGAAAUCAUUUAGGUGUCAGUCUUUCCAGAAUAUUUCAGAAUUUCACAUUAUAUGUGUUCAUAUGAAAUAUAAAAAGGUUAUACAGUAGGAAGCUAGGCACAAUACAGCUCUAUAAAUGACAUAUAUCUAAGACUCAAACUACUCCUUUUAAAAACAAACCAAGUGAAAGUAUUGCCAAAUCAGCCACAUCGAUUUAAAAAAACGAGGCUAUUUAUGGUUGAUGAUUUUCAACUCUCCUGACUUUUUAGCCGAGAUUAUAUUUUCUCCCAAAAUAAUCAAACAUAGGUCUAGACUACUGGUUCUCACCAUGAUUGUAAAUGUGUAAAUAUGAAAUAAUGCAUUUGUAAAUUACUUUUACAAAUGAAUCAAAUUCAUUUUGGCAAGCUACUUUUCUUGUGCAAACACAUUGGCAAUGAUAAACCUUGCUGCAAUGCACAAUAAACCAGGCACCCUAUGCACUUUAGUAAAUUCUACUUUAGUAGUAACUCACACUUUUUGGUAAAGUAAGUAGCAUAUUUAUAUGCACAAGUGGGGAAGAGUACGACUACCCUAACAAAUGAAUUAAACUGUGAGCCCAUAUUAGCUAUUGCCUUAAAUACACAAAAGGAAUUCUAUUGCAAUGAUACUCAAGAUUUAUAUUUAAAGAAAGAAAAAGUGAUGAGAAUCCACAUUUCUGAAUGCAUGUAUGAUUGUUGGUUGAUUGUAUUGCUUUAACAUACAAAGCUGCUGUCCUGCCAUGCUCAAUCUGUGCCUUUUCCUUGCAAUGUCUUAUUUUAUAUUUUUACUCUGUAGCUUUGGUGGCUACAACAUACUCUGUAAAUCCUAUUUUGACAUAAAUACAGUUGAAAUAAUGAUAGUGUUCCUCUCAGCUUCCGUACUAUUGUGGCAAUAUCAGUGUAUGAAACAUUACACUGACCUUGCUAUAAGAUGUCAUUUAUUGUUGUGAAAAAACAAAUACAUAAUAACAAAUGUACAACUCAAUCCUUUAUCAACAUAAAUAUAUUUCAAUAUAAA